AUGGCAGAGGCUUUUCUAGGCUAUAAAGUAUCGGUUUUAUUACACUCUGGCAUUAAACUGGAAGGUGUUGUUUCUCAUAUUGAACCCUCCACGCAACAGAUGACUUUAAAAGAUGUGACCCUGUUUCUCUUUGGUCAAGCACCUUUUAGCACUCCUCUGUAUGGUGUGGUUGGAAAGGAUAUCAAGGACUUGCAAAUUAUCUCCACACCUAGCAGUACAACCCAACAACAACAACCACCACCAAUACAACAACAACAACAAGCAUACACACCUUUAGAUAACCAUGUACUUGAACAAGACCCUCCACCUCCACUUGUCAUACAAGCCAAGGUAGCACGCAACUCUACGUCUUAUGGCCCAUCGGAUGGAUGGGCAGGCGAGGAUGUAAAUAUAUUUAGAGAAGAAGAAUUUGAUUUUCAAAAGAACCUAGACAUGUUUGACAAAGCAAAAGUCUUUGCCGAAAUACGAGAGUCGGAUGAGACGGCACCCGAGGAACUCUUAGUGACACUCAAUCGCUUACCACAAAAAGUUAAUUUACUGCCUACCGAAAACGUUCUCUCGGUUGAACGCACUCCUUACAAUGAAACAACCAGUGAUGAUCUUGGGGAUGAAACUCAAAUGGCACAUGUUCUACACGAAUGUACCAAAGCCUCACCUGCCUUUGAUGAGUUGGCCAUGGAAAAUGCAGGCAGAGGUACCUCCUUUUUAUUAUUACAGUUGCUCAGUCAAAUGGACGUGGUUUCUCCCUCCAUUGUGAUCUUGGUAGGAAAUAACAAGAAUGGAUGUAGUGGAUUAAUUGCAGCACGUCACUUAAUUAACCAUGGUUGUCUUGUCACGGUCUGUAUCUCUACAGAACAACCUUUAACAGCUGCUAUGAAACGCCAUGAAUCCAUGACCAAGAAAUUCGGUGUGAUUAUAGUGUAUGAUAUUCUGGAAUUGGGUGAAGCAGAUUUUAUAGUGGAUGCUAUUUUGGGUGCAGAGGAUAAUCUGGCAGAAAGUCCUGACUGUGAUAUUAUAUGUAAAACUGUGGAUUGGGUGAAUGAGCAGACAGAUAAACCUGUACUCUCAGUGGAUUUCCCCACUGGUGUAGAUGCUAGUACGGGAACAGCUCUUUAUGCUGAACAACAUGUGAUUCGACCCAAAUGGACGCUAUGUUUAGGUGCGCCCAAGUCGGGAUGUAAAUCACUACGUGUGACGGGUGAGUUAUUCCUUGUGGAUAUAGGUAUACCCCGAUUAUGUUGGAAACGGGUCGGCAUCAAGGGAAAUACCAUUCCUUGGGGUGCUGACUUUUUAGUGCCCUUGGAAUAUCAUUCAUAA